UUUUAUCAUACAAUUAUGACUUUGUAUCUAAAAAUUGUGACAUGAGAAUUUUUUUAUUAUUGUAAAGUCUGUUACUCACAAGAGCUUAGCUAGCUGCUAGCUAGCUGCUCCUUUGACAAAAACAGUAGGUUGCUAGGCAACAGAUAAACAACCGGGCAAGGAUGGCGGACAGCACACAAAGUGCAGAGGCCAUAGUGUCAGAUGUCCACAAGAAGAUCAAAGCAGCUUUUGAAGCGUUUGACUAUGAGUCUAACAACACAGUGGAUGUCAGGGAGAUUGGCACCAUCAUCUAUUCCCUGGGUUGCUUCCCCACUCAGGCAAACCUACAUGACUUAAUAGCUGAGGUUGAAGAGGACCACACAGGAUAUAUUCAUUUGGACAAGUUCCUCCCAGCCAUGACCAAAGUGCUGCUGGAUCACAAGUUCCCGUCUAUCCCUGAGGACCUUCUGCUUCAGGCCUUUGAGGUUUUGGACAAAGAAAAGAAAGGGUACCUAGAGCCUGAGGAGCUGACAAAGUACAUGACACAGGAAGGUGAGGUCUUCACUCAGGAGGAGAUGGAUGAGAUGCUGACAGCACUCGCUGACCAUGAGAAGAACCUUGUCUAUUACAAAGACUUAAUCAGUCAGCUGACCAUUGACCCUGACAUGUAAACAGUGUCACAGUGUGUGUGUCUGCAUAAUUGUUGAGAAAUAUUAGACGCAAACAAGUCUGUGUGUUUGGUGUUUGUGUCCAUGUCUACAUGUCUUAAUGUGAGUUGGUAGUUCCAAUAUGAUAUAAUAAACAAAUGUACAUAUC